AUGCUUACCCAGGCAGUGCUCGCAACCCUCGCCGGUCUGGCUGCCAGCCAGCAGGUCGGCACCCAGAAGGAGGAGGUCCACCCCUCCCUGACCUGGCAGACGUGCGCCUCGGGCGGCAGCUGCACCACCAACCAGGGCGAGAUCGUGGUUGACGCCAACUGGCGCUGGGUGCACAACACCGAGGGCUACACCAACUGCUACACCGGAAACACGUGGAACGCCGACUACUGCACCGAAAACGAGGCUUGUGCCGCAGCCUGCGCUCUGGACGGCGCCGACUACGAGGGCACGUACGGCGCGACCACGUCGGGCGACGAGCUGAAGCUCAACUUCAUCACCUCCAGCACCCAGAAGAACAUCGGCUCGCGCAUGUACCUCAUGGAGUCGGAGACCAAGUACGCCGUGCACAAGCUGCUCAACAAGGAGUUCACCUUCGACGUCGACGUGUCCAACCUGCCGUGCGGCCUCAACGGCGCCGUCUACUUCGUCUCCAUGGACGCCGACGGCGGCAUGGCCAACUUCCCCGACAACAAGGCCGGCGCCAAGUACGGCACCGGCUACUGCGACAGCCAGUGCCCCCGCGACCUCAAGUUCAUCGAGGGCCAGGCCAACGUCGAGGGCUGGACGCCGUCCGAAAACGACAGCAACGCCGGUGUUGGCGGCCUUGGCUCUUGCUGUGCUGAGAUGGACAUCUGGGAGGCCAACUCCAUCUCGUCCGCCUACACGCCGCACAGCUGCAAGACGGUCGCGGCCCACUCCUGCAACGGCGACGACUGCGGCGGCACCUACUCGGCGACGCGCUACGCCGGCGACUGCGACCCCGACGGAUGCGACUUCAACUCGUACCGCCAAGGCGUGACUGACUUCUACGGCCCCGGUUUGACCGUCGACACCAACUCCCCCAUCACCGUCGUCACGCAAUUCAUCACCGACGACGGCACCGCGUCUGGCACGCUUUCCGAAAUCAAGCGCUUCUACGUGCAAAACGGCAAGACGAUCCCCAACUCGGAGUCGACCGUGUCUGGCGUCAGCGGCAACUCGAUCACGGCCGACUACUGCGACGCGCAAAAGGCGGCGUUCGGCGACACGACGUCGUUCCAGGACCAGGGCGGCAUGGCGUCCAUGUCGCAGGCGCUCAACGCCGGCAUGGUGCUCGUCAUGAGCGUGUGGGACGACCACCACAGCAACAUGCUGUGGCUCGACAGCAAGUACCCCACCGACGCCACCGACGACACCCCCGGCGCCAUGCGCGGCACCUGCCCCGUCGAUUCGGGCGACCCAGCCGUCGUCGAGGUCGAGAACGCGGACGCGUCCGUCAUCUACUCGAACAUCAAGGUCGGCGACUUGAACAGCACCUUCACUGCUUCUUAG